GUAGGAAUUGAAUUAAUCAGUAUGGUGCAUUUUCCACUUUGAGAUCGAUGAUCUUGAGUUCACGCAUUCCCAUACAUCAAAACCUUGAAUUAGAAACUAAUUAAUGACUCAAGAGGAGUAAAGGCUAAUGAACCCACAACCUCAGCUAGCUCUCCUACGUACGUACCAUAUUACGUAGAAGCAACCCUUUGCAUGCAGCUCCUCUCUCUCUCUCUCUCUAUAAAUACCCACAAAAGAUUUCACCCAUACAUCGGAAAAGAGACAUACAUGUUAUCAAAGAAAUUAAUUGAUCGAUUUUCUGAUUUUAAUUCUAAAGCCCAAAUGGCAGGAAGCAGCAGCGAACCAUCAUCUUCCACCUCCCAGAAGAAAUCAUACUCAGACAUGACAUUUUCCGGCAUCGGAAACCUCAUCAAGCUCCUUCCCACCGGCACCGUCUUCGCCUUCCAGUUCCUCAACCCCGUCCUCUCCAACAACGGCCAGUGCCACACUGUCAACAAGGUCCUCACCAGCGUCUUCGUUGGCCUGUGCGGCCUCUCCUGCUUCUUCUCCUCCUUCACCGACAGCUACACCGGCAGUGACGGCGCCACCCACUACGGCAUCGCCACCAUGAAGGGCCUCUGGCCGUCACCCGACUCCGGAAAGUCCGUAGACCUGUCCCAGUACAAGCUCCAGAUGGGGGACUUCGUGCACGCCUUGUUCUCGGUGGUGGUGUUCGCGGCGUUGGCUCUUCUGGACCCCAACACGGUCGAUUGCUUCUACCCUUCCUUUGAGUCGACUCAGAAGGCUCUCAUGAUGUCCCUGCCGCCGGUGAUUGGCGUAGUUGCCAGCGCCGUGUUUGCCAUGUUCCCCAGCAGACGCCAUGGGAUAGGAUACCCUUCAAGUUCAAACCAGUCCACUUCCAACGAGUAAGGAAGAUAGUAAUAUGACAUGGGUACCUGGUAGGGUGUUACUAAACAAAAUAGUGUGUGCUACACAUAAUUUUGUCUAGUCAGACCCUAUCACGUAAGUCAUAAUGAUACAAACCCAUGUCAUCUUAACAGUUAUCUUUUUUUACUAUCUAAGUUUGUGAUCAUUAUGAGUCUUUGUAAUCAAUAACUCUACUCGUAUUGAUUAGGAGUAUAUGUAAAUUAUAAUAUAUGAAUCCUGACCUAUUUCAUAAUAUUGAUAUUUUUAGCGUAAGUGGAGCUCAUUUUAAUUGAGUGAGUCCUAUUUACACUCAAAAAAAAAAAAGUGUGAAUGUGAAGUGACGGGAUUCGUAUAUUGUAAGUUCUUCUAAAUUUCUUUAUUUUGUGUGAGUUUUUUUUCUCCAUUUUUAGUAUUCUUUUUCAAAAUUCAUGAUUGUAAUUGCUCGUUGUUAUGUGUGUGGGUGCGCAUAAGGGAUUGUUUAAUUUGUAAAUUUAACUUUUUUUAUUGUUUGAUUUAAAAAAUGUGGGGGUUGGCUGAUUAAUGUGGUGAGUUGCUAGCUGCCUCCUUUAAAUGGAAAAGAAAAUGUAAUGUUGUGAUUGUGGACUAUUCAAUAUUCUAAUAUGGAGUAUUAUUAUUAUUUUUUUAAAGUGAUACUUAAUGUAUGUGGUGGUAUGUUAUAGUAUGAGUAAUUAAAUGACAGAUUUUAAUUUGUGUAAUAAUUAUCUUAAAUUAUUAAAAAUAUCAGGUGUAUACACCGAAAUUAAUUGAUGUGAUUUUUCCAUGGGUAUAUAUUUUAAUUAAAUUAGAUAAUUUUUUUAUACAUGUCGAAAAAUUAUAUUAGAUAUGAUAUAUACAUCCUGUAUACCUAAUAUUUUAUUGAUUUCAUAACAAUAAUAUUAACUAAAUGCAAAAUAAAAUGGCCUCGCAAAAACAAAUGAAAUAAGUUAUGACUUCAAACUAAUAAUAAUUUCAUAGUUGCUAAUAGGUGUAGUAAUAAUUCUCAUGGAUGGUUUCUCUUGAUACCAUAAAUAGAGGAUUUGAUUGAUAAAUAAUGGAAUGGUGUCACUCAAAAUAAAAUAGGAUUAGAGCAUUUUUUUUUUCUUGUAAUAUGACUUUUGAUGAUUGAGUCCAUUAGAAUUUCACUACUUUAAGACUAUUCUCCAAAAUCCUUAGGGUCCGUUUGAAUAAAAAAUUUUGAUGGGAAAAAGGAACGGAAAGAAAAAUAGGUAGGAAAUUCAUUUUCUAUUAUAUUUCAUAUCUAUACUAAAUAAUACUAAAAAUAAAAAUUUACUCUAAUAUAAUUAAAAAUUAUCAAAUGUUAAUGAUUCCAAAAAUUAAAUUUUUAUUCAUUGAUUAGUAUCUUUUUUGUUUAAUUUCUUUCUUACUUUCUUUAAUAAUCAAACAUGAAAAAAUGGAUUCGUACAUAGUUUCCUUUUCCUCACAUUUUCUAAGUUUCAAAUAGGGCCUUAAAGACACUUUAUUUGUAGAGGCACGAAGAUACAAGUCUUGCUUUAAUUUGAUCUUAUCAGAAGACAUGUGGCCAACUUAAAGUACUCAUAGACGAUUUCAUGUAAAAUUAAUUUAAUACAUUAACAACAUCAUCUUAAGUAAAGUUUUCAAUCUUAUUGUCUUUAUUAGUGUUAGUUUGGAUUACUAUAUGGAAACUUCAAAUUGGCAUUUAAUUUAACAAAUAUGAUCUCUUAAUAACACUUAACACACUCUAAAUGGUCUUUUAUAUGUCCAUUUUUUUAUCCAUUUUAUUUGAUUUGUAAUCUUUGUAGACACCCCAUUUUUUUGUAGGGGCCAAAUAUAAAAAGAAUAAAUUUUAAGUAUUACACUGCUUGUACAAAUACAAUAGAGAAAAAUACAAAAAAAAAAAAAAGAAUACAUAAAGUACAAAAAAUGGAAUACAAUACAGCAGAACUGCAAGAAAUAAAUGCAAAAAAGGAGGAGAAGACAAGAGUCUUGGAACACUACUAGCACUUGCACGCUUGCACAAAGAAAAUUGGUUAAAAUUAAAUGGACAAUGGUUAAUAGAUAGUUGUGGAGAAUUAAAUACAUCACUGGGCCUAUAAAUUGAGGUUCAUAGGGAGAAACAAAAGCAUACAGAAAUAGAAGGGGUCACAACCAUAACAGUAUUGAGCAAUUCACAAGUAGAGAGAUUCUGAUAUUCAGAAGCAUACAUCAAAAGGGAAGCAUAAGAACAUCAUACAAUCGAAUGGAUUUUCAGUAAUCUGUUUAAAGACCGAAAAAGUACUAGAAGACAACAGGAAGGUAUUUUGAAUUAUUCUUAAUUAUUAUUCAUUAUUUAUUCAAUAUUCAUUCAAAAUAGGAACAAAAGCACUCUAAAAUCAAUUAGAUUUAACUCGUGGAUCCGAACGGACCUGUUGAUUUGACCCGUUGACCUGACCCAUUCACCCAGGCUCCCUAGGACCCAGGUCUACCUGGUUUUGGGUCCAUUGUCCUAGUCCACUGUUUAACAUAAAACUCAAGCCUUUUAAAAAAAAAAAAAAAAAAAAAAGA